AUGGGCCCUCGGCGUCGAGUCAGGGUGGCCAAAUGCCAAAUGCUGGUGACCAGCCUCUUUGUCCUGCUGCUGGGCCUCCUCGUGGCCACCAUGGCGGCUCUCACCUACUACGGAGCCCACUUUGCCGUCUUCAGCCGUGUGUCCCCCGAGGAGUCCCCCUACCCAGCCCUGCACCGCUGGGCCUUCUCCGCAGGGAUCAGCCUGGCCGGGCUCCUCACCCUGGGCGCCCUGCUGAGCGCCGCAGCCACUGUGCGGGAGGCCGGGGGCCUCAUGGCCGGGGGCUUUCUGUGCUUUGCGCUGGUGUUCUGUGCCCUGGUGCAGGGCGCCUUCUGGAGCCUGCGCCACCCCACCCAGGUGGAGGACGCCCUGCUGGACACCUACGACCUGGUGUUCGACCGGGCGGUGACCAGCCCGUCCGCCCGGCGGCAGGAGCUGGCGGCCAUCCACGACACGUUCCUGUGCUGUGGGAAGAGCUCCCCUCCCGGCCUCCCGGGCGGCGUGGAGGCCGGCCUGUGCCCGGGGCCACAGGCGGCCACGCAGGACUGCCUGCAGGGCGUCCGGCGCUUCCUGAGGACACACGGACACGUCGCCGCCACCCUGGCCGGCGUGGGCCUGGUCACCAUGGUGUACGCCAUGCUGCUCAGCUCCUUCCUCUGGUUCGCCAUCCGCGCCGGCCGCUGCCUGGACCGCAGGGGGACGUACGCGCUGAGGCCCCGAGCCCACGGCCGCCGGCCCCCGGAGCCCGGCUCCUUCAGACGCUCUGCUCGGAGCCCCGCCCUCCACCACCUGGACCACCUUCGGGGCCCAGGCCCCUCGGGGGACCCCCGGCUGCUCCAGGACAACUGA